AUGCCCUUGUUUGGAAAAUCGCACAAAUCGCCUGGAGAAAUUGUGCGCAACCUGAGGGAAGCGUUGCUGCUGAUCGAAAAGGGUCAAGACCGAAAAUCGGAAAAAGCGGUUGAAGAGGUCAAUCGUUGGCUACAGGCAAGUAAAUCAAUUAUCUACGGACAGGAUAAUCAGGAGCCUAAUACAGAGCAGAUUUCUCAACUUGUGCAAGAAAUAUACAAUGCUUCUGUUCUUCCUCUACUUAUUCGUCAGCUUACUAAACUGGAUUUUGAAUCGAAGAAAGACGUUGCUUUAAUUUUUAACAAUUUGUUACGUCGUCAAAUUGGUACUCGUUCACCUACAGUCGAGUAUUUGUGUGCGCGUCCAGAAAUCUUAAUGACGCUUGUUCGUGGAUAUGAAGUUUCUGAAAUAGCGCUUACUUGUGGUACAAUGCUACGGGAAUGUAUUCGCCAUGAACAUUUGGCAAAAAUUAUUUUACUUUCUGAGCAAUUUUUUGAUUUUUUCCGUUAUGUUGAAUCUGCUACUUUUGAUAUUGCUUCUGAUGCUUUUUCAACUUUUAAGGUUUUUUUUUCAACCGAUAGCUGGUUAGGAAAAUUAUUUAAUAUAAGCCCGGUCUGUUUUUAUACGUCCUUCUGA